ACGCACGCAGGAACGCACGCGCACGCGCACGCACAUUGAAUGAGCGUAAACUUAAAACGCAAAGUCCGGUAAACGCUGCUGGAUCUGCUGUCAUUGGUUUCCUCAGUGCCGCUUUGACAUCAGGUAGUCCGGUUUGUUAGUCGAUGUAAGAGAAGAGCAGUAGAGAAGGAGGAGGCCACUCCUUUGCAAAACUGCGGACAUUCAACAAGCUGAUACGGUGAUCUGUUUAGGGUUUGUGUUUAUAAAUCAUAUUAUAAAUCAUCAGAGCUUUGUGUUUGGAUCCUCGCGUAGAUCUUACAUUUGCGAACAUUCUCGUGUCGGAUCUUCAGAGAGGAAUCAAUGUAACCUGGUAACCUGAAUGCAGGCAAAAGUUGAGGAGAUCGUACAGCAGCACUGAGCCAGUACGCAGUGAAGUGAAAGCGCAGAGCUGCCUACACAGAUCGCAGUCAUGUUGGAAGAGGACAUGGAAGUGGCCAUCAAGGUGGUGGUGGUGGGGAACGGAGCAGUCGGAAAGUCCAGUAUGAUUCAGCGAUACUGCAAGGGCAUUUUCACUAAAGAUUACAAGAAAACCAUUGGGGUCGACUUCCUGGAAAGACAAAUAAUAGUUAAUGGUGAGGACGUCAGACUGAUGUUGUGGGACACCGCAGGACAGGAGGAGUUUGAUGCCAUCACCAAAGCCUAUUACAGAGGUGCCCAGGCGUGUGUGCUGGUGUUCUCCACCACAGACAGAGAAUCAUUUGAGGCCAUCAGCAGCUGGAGGGAGAAGGUGGAGCUAGAGGUGGGGCACAUUCCCACCGUCCUGGUGCAGAACAAGAUUGAUCUACUGGAUGACAUGGUUAUCAAAAAUGAAGAGGCUGAAGGUCUGGCCAAGAGACUGAAAUUAAGAUUCUAUCGGACAUCAGUGAAGGAAGAUCUCAAUGUUAAUGAAGUUUUUAAGUAUCUAGCAGACAAAUAUCUCCAGCGACUCAAGCAACAAUCCGCAGAGGAGCCAGAGGCCGUUCACACAUCCAGCAAUAAAAUAGGCGUAUUCAACACUACUGGUGGCAGCCACCCGAACCAGAACUCCAACGAUCUGAACAGCCGUGAGGUCAUAAACCUGCGACCAAACAAGCAGAGGACAAAGAAGGCAAAAACCACUUUCAGUAGCUGCAGACUGCUGUAGAAUAUCUCGUGUGCGGGAUAACUUGACUGCCUCAUUGGGAUUGUUGAGCCACAUGUCAUAAGAGGCUUUGUUAGCACUAAAGAAAGUCACAUGUCCAUGCUGAACAUGCAGAGCAGAUCUAUACAUAUUCUGUGGUCACAUCUGUUGAUUUCAUCAAAGUCUCUUAUGAGGUGACUGCUGCAGGCUGAAUGUUUGGGAGCUAGAGCCUUCUGGUGGCUGUAAGUGCUUAAAACACUAGUUUAAAAAAUUCCAUUAGAAAGGUAAGUCCUCAAUCCUUAAAGGAACAGUUCACCCAAAAAUACAAAUUCUGUCAUUAUUUACUAUUAUUAUUUACUAUUAUGUGGAACACAAAAGCUACAUUUUAAAGAAUAUUCAUGCAGCCUCGUGCAAAAAAAAUGAAUACCUAAAUAUCAGUCUGUUUUUCACACAAAGCUACCUAAUGGCAUUGGAAGACAUGAAAUAUAGCACACACGUCACAUGGACUGCUCUCACUGGGCUUUUAUUCUGUGUUUUGGGUCAUUUUUUUCAGCUUGACAGCCGAUGUCACUACGGACUGUCAUUGUACAGAAAAGGGUUGCAUAAAGAUUCUUCGACAAUUCUUCUUUUGUAUACCUGGGGAAAAUAACAGCAUGUGGGUUUGCAACGCUAUGAGAGUGAUUAAAUAAUGACAGCACUUUCUUUUUGGGAAGAACUAUUCCUUAAAAGUGUUUAAUUUUCUGCAUUACUAGCGACACCAAAUGUAAUUGCUAAAAGAAUUGUUUCCAGACAGGUUUUUCAAACACUCCCCAUCUGCAGUUGUUUGGAUAAACAGUUCAGCCCCAAACUCACGCCAUUGGUUGAGCCAAUGUUGUUAUGUCUAGCUCAGUCAUUGCCUUUUAAAAACUGAUUGCAAUUUCAUUUUGGUGCCACUAGUGGCACAGACAUUACACAUAUUAAAAUCAUAAGACACAUUUCUUGGUUAUAAAAAUCAAAUUCAGCCCUCACGACUUAAUGACUGAAAAUAAAUUGGAGAUGUAUUAAGCUAUUUUUGUACGAAUAUUGACAAGAAAUCUUUUAGACACUCCCCUUAAUCACAUUUUAACUAUGUUUGUGGUGGGAUUGUAAUUUUAUCACCCCUUAUGAAAGAUUGACUUAAAAUUUCAAUAUGAAAAGUGAAUACAUAUUCUCACGGUCAAAUAUUUAGUGAGUUACUAAGGUGUGCAUUAUUUCAGUGUGGUACACAGCAGGGUAAUGUUUAAAUCUUCACUAAUGAGAUUACUUAUAAAGAAAACACCAUUUGUGCAUUUUGACUGUUCGUCAUUUGUGCAAUAUGUUUGUAUUGAUUGAGAUUCAUAUUUUGCUAUCACAAUCUUCCCUUAAAAGUAAUAUUUAUUUGUAGUGCAAACAUUUUCACAAAUUUUAAACCAUGUUCUUAUAGGAAUUUUUGUAUGAAACAAAAUGUAGUGAAGUAAUGACUUACUGAAAUCCAUAACACAAAACAGUGCCAAAAUGUUUCUAAACUCGAUGUACUUUUAAGAAAUGUAAAGGACAAAAAAAUAAAUAAAAGCACCAUUAAAACAUGA